AUGCAGACAACUGGACCUAUUACUUUGGCAAGCUACAUGCGCAUGUGUCUUACUUCAGACGUUGGUGGCUAUUACACUGGAGCUCUUGAGGAAGGUCGUGAUCAAUUUGGUCGGAAGGGCGACUUCAUCACAUCACCCGAGAUAUCCCAAGUCUUCGGCGAGCUCAUUGGCAUCUGGUUCGUUGCGGAAUGGAUGUCUCAGGGUAAACCUAAGCAGGGCGUAGAGCUUGUUGAAGUUGGGCCCGGAAGAGGCACUUUGAUGGACGACAUGCUCCGUACUAUUCGAAACUUCCCCGACAUGGCUGGCAGCAUUGAUGCUGUCUAUAUGGUGGAAGCAAGUCGCGAGCUGCGCAUAGCUCAGAAAAACUUGCUCUGUGGAGAGGACGCGCCCAUGUCUGAGUCCAAAUCGGGUUAUCACAGCACCUGCAAGUACUUAGACGUUCCCAUUGUGUGGAUGGAAACAAUACGGUCCCUCCCUAGAGACCCGAAUCGAACCCCUUUCAUUGUGGCCCACGAGUUCUUCGACGCUCUACCCAUCCACGCUUUCCAAGUCGUCGAGGUGCCCCCACCCCAGCAGACCACUCCUUCACCUUCCAACUCCCGAGCCGCACCCUCCGAGCCCAAAUCCCCAACCCUCCAAUGGCGCGAAAUGGUCGUAGCCCCCACUCCUUUAGGCUCAACUCAUACCUCCCUCGGCACCCCGAAAUCCGAACAACACUCAGGGCCCCCUCCCGAAUUCCAACUCACCCUCUCGCCCACCUCAACCCGCCAUGCCCUCUACCUCCCAGAAUCCUCCCCACGCUACCGCGUCCUGAAGUCCACCCCCACGUCCCUCAUCGAAGUCUGUCCCGAUGCCUCCCUCUACGCCUCCAAUUUCGCCGCCCGCAUUGGCGGCUCCCCGCAACACCCUAAACCGAAACCCUCGGGUGCGGCGCUGAUCCUCGACUACGGCCCCGCAAAUACCAUCCCGGUCAACUCGCUCCGCGGCAUCCGGAAACACCAGCGCGUGAGUCCCUUCAGUGAGCCCGGGCUCGUCGAUCUCAGCGCCGAUGUGGAUUUCAUGGGUAUUGCUGAGGCGGCUAUGAAGUCUAGUGAAGGAGUCGAAGUGCAUGGACCGGUUGAGCAGAGCGACUUCCUUGAGGCGAUGGGGAUUAGACAAAGGGCGGAGAUGUUGGUUAAGAAGGCCGGGGAUGGGGCGAGAGCGAGGGAGAUUGAGGGGGCGUGGAAGAGAUUGGUAGAUCGGACGCCGGGGGGGAUGGGGAAGGUGUAUAAGGCGUUGGCGAUACUGCCUGAAAAUGGUGGGAAGAGAAGGCCUGUUGGGUUUGGCGGGGAUAUUGGUGGUUAG